AUGCAGGAAGGGGAAAGGAGCCCCUUGCUCGGCCAGGACACCAUGGGGUUGAGGCCACGCCCCUCCACAGGCAGCCCACCCACUUCCAGCCGCCCAUGUCCAUCACCCAUAAAGGACCUCUCAGGGGCCUGGGGCUGCAGCUGGUGUCCUCCAGGGGCCAAGCACUGGUCCCGGAACAGCUGUCUUCAGGGGAGCCCAGCCGCCUCCCUCUCCCCUGGGAGCACCUGUGCCAAGUACCUGACCCUGCUGUCCAACUUCCUCUUUUCCCUGCUGGGCCUACUGGGCCUGGCGGCUGGGCUCUGGGGCCUAGCCCUGAAGGGGCCUGUGGGGAGUGGCUGGGGGUGUGCCCUGCCCACAGACCCCAUGCUGGGACUGGCUCUGGGAGGGCUGGGGGUCAGCGCGGUGAGCCUGGCCGGCUGCCUGGGUGCCCUGUGCGAGAGCCCCUGCCUGCUGCGCUGCUACUCUGCUGGUGUCCUGGCCUUCCUGGCACUCGAGGCAGUGGCGGGCACAUUGGUGGUGGCCCUCUGGGGCCCACUGCAGGAUGGCCUGGAGCACACCCUGCACGUGGCCAUCACCCGCUACCAGGAUGACCCGGACCUGUGCUUCCUCCUGGACCAGGUGCAACUUGGGCUGCAGUGCUGCGGGGCUACCUCCUACCAGGACUGGCAGCGGAGCCCGUACUUCAACUGCAGCUCCCCAGGGAUCCAGGCCUGCAGCCUCCCUGCCUCCUGCUGCAACGACCCUCUGGAAGAUGGCGCCUCGGUCAACGCCCAGUGCGGCUCCGGGGCCCUGAGCCUGGGCCAGGCUGAAGCCGGGAGAGUGGUGCACCUGGAGGGCUGUGGGCCGCGCCUGCGGCGGUGGCUACGCCAGAGCGCCCGCUGCCUGGGCGUUGGCGCCAUAGCAGUCGUGGUGGUCCAGGGCGCCGAGCUGCUGCUGGUCACGCAGCUGCUGAACGCCCUGGCAGGGCGCAAGGGCGUGGCAGAGGGCGCGGCCGGGCACUGGGCCAGCUGCUGA